AUGGAGACCACGGCGCUGAGCUUGGGCAAGUCCGUGCUGGAUGGAGCGCUUGGCUAUGCCAAAUCCGCUGUGGCGGAGGAGGUCGCCUUGCAGCUCGGCGUCCAGCGCGACCAUGCUUUCAUCAGGGAAGAGCUUGAGAUGAUGCGUGCUUUCCUGAGGGCUGCACACGACGAGCGGCGAGAAGACCACCAGGUGCUCAUGACCUGGGUGAAGCAAGUAUGUGAUGUGGCCUACGACGCCGAGGAUUGCCUCCAAGACUGUUCCAUUCAUCUCAAGAAGCCAUCGUGGUGGCGUCGCCCAAGCACACUGCGGGAGCGCCACCGCAUCGCCAAGAAGAUGAAGGAGCUGAGAGCCAGGGUCGAGGACGUGAGCCAGAGAAACCUGCGCUACCAACUCAUCAAUAGUGCCGGCUCUAAGUCUGGAGACGGUGCUGAGGUAUCCGGUGCAGCAGCAAUGUCAGGCAUGGAGGAAGCACUGCGGCAGCAGAACAAGUCCAAAGCGGAUCUCAUUCGACUGAUCAACAAGAAGGAUGAGGACCUUAGAGUGAUAGGUGUAUGGGGAACAAGUGAUGUUCUCGGGGAGAAAUCCAUCAUCGAGAGAGCAUACAAUGGCCUCAAAAGGGACAGGAAGUUCCAGUACCACGCCUGGAUCAGUAUGGUGCGUCCUCUCAAUACAACAGCGAUUCUUCUAGAUAUUGUGAUGCAGUUUGCUGUAGAUUUUCUCAAGGAAGAAACAAAGAAACAUGCGUCAGAUCCUGAAGUUCAAGACCUGCACAGGUUGUGGGUGGCCAAGGAAGAUGAUUUGGCUGAAGAGUUCAGGAAGUUCUUGAAUGAGAAGAGUUACCUGGUUGUGGUUAAUGACCUAUCCACUAUGGAUGAGUGGGACCAGAUCAGAACAUGUUUCCCGACUAACAAGAAAGGAAGUCGACUCCUGGUGUGCACGGAGCAUGUAAAAGUUGCAAGCUUCUGUGUUGAGCCAUCGACUAUGCUACCAGAGCACAAGCAAUUGUUCCCUGAUAAAGACCUCUAUGCUUUCUAUGACAAGGGUUCACAAGAUAUAAUAUGUUCAGUGGAUCCGGGGCCUAGCUCAACCAUAGACACUCUUGAUGACAGUAACUCUGGGAAUGGAAAGUAUCUCACUCACAUGGAGACAAAUGUAACUGCUUUUAAGGAAUCUAAGCUCAUCGGGCCGACAGAAUGA